UUACACAAUUAUUUUUUUAACCAUGUCUUUCUUUAAUCGUGUUCAAUAUUCACUUUCAGGUAAUUAAAGAUAACGUUGAUUAUACCUUUAAAUACUACGUUAGUGAUAUAAUCUAGUCAAUGAUUACACUGUACUGGCUAUAAUCGUAGCUGGACGAUAGACUAGGUUAAUGACCGCUGCAAUAGAUACAAUUAAAAUUUAACUUAAAAUUUACGUCACAAAUAAAACAGAAAACUUGUAACCAACUAGUGUUUAUGUUGAUGCUGAGGUUUAAUAAUAUUAAUUUAAAGAUAUCUUAUAAGAUUCUAGUACUCGCUGCCUUCUUGGUGAUCGGUAACGCAGCAGAGGAGGCGAACGCGCCUACUAAAGAGGCAAAUGUACCCGUUGAAGAACUAAAGGUGGAAGACUCCGAAAGCCAACCAUCGUCUCAGCAAGCGUCUCAUAAUGAUGCAUACUUUGGUUCUGAUAACAACCGAGUGUGGGACUCACGAAAGGGUCGAGGUGAAAGACUCGAUUUAACUGAAGAAGAAAAUAGGAUCGUGCAAGACGUUUACAGCCCCGAUUACUACGAGCCGAACAUAAUAUUGGAUUACAGAUAUUUGAAAAGCGGAGGAAGAGGGUACGCUAGAAGCGAUGGCGGACAAAUCCUCAUCCUACCGAGGAGGAACCACAUGCCCGUCAUACACAACAACUAUGACACACUAAUUGAAUUCCUCCGUUUGAAACAUCUAGAAGAAAUGGAAAGAAAAUGGGGAAGAAUGUUAAAACGCGAACGCGAAGAAAGGGGUCGUGGCCCAGAAUCGUAUGAUGAUUAUGGUGAAGGACGUAGAGCUUAAGUUAAUAUACUUGAUGUUUGAAAUGCUGUUAUUAUGAUACUACUUAGAAUUUGUAAAUAUCAGAUUAACUUUGGAAACUUUUACUUUUGUAUUUUAUUAAAUAUUUAUUUUAAAUUCUUAUUCAGUUUGCUUUCUCCUUCAUUUUGUUUCUUACUAAACGUUUAUUAAUCCACU